AUGAAUGUCAAACGAGGUUUCGCCGUUGGUUCUAAGCUCGGCUAUACAGUUACACGUCUUGCCAGAUUUGCACUCUUGAUGAACGUGGAAUUGGUAGACGAGCGUUAUCGCGGCUAACGUUGUAAUCCCCCGGCGCAAUUUCCCCGGUGAAAAAGCAGGCGGUCACGGUCGCAAGAAGAGACCAGGUUCACACGAAUUCCACCCUUUAAUCCGCAGGUCCUUUGCGAAUACAACGAAUGCCUGGCCUGAGGCCUGCCUUGCUAACAGGUUGAAGAUUUUUCACUCGAAGCAUUGCGUCCCCUCUGUUCUUUUCCUCUUUCUUCAAACGACGAUGUUUGCUGUUGUGUGGUUGAAGAAUCACGUCCUGAUUGAAUCAUGUUAA